AUGGCGUUGAUGAGAAGUCUACUUGGUGCAAAGAAGAUUCUUGGCCUCUACACCGCAGGAGCUUCAACGAGCAAAAGAGCAGCCUCAGUGGCACCACCAAAAGGGUUUCUGGCUGUGUACGUAGGAGAGAGUCAGAAGACGAGAUAUUUGGUGCCGAUCUCAUACUUGAGCCAGCCUUCAUUUCAAGCUCUUCUCAGUAAAUCCGAGGAAGAGUUCGGGUUUGAUCAUCCAAUGGGUGGCUUAACCAUUCCUUGUCCCGAAGAUACCUUCAUCAAUGUGACUUCUAGGAUCCAGUGAUGAAUAACUGAUUUUCCAGUAUUUUAUUCUUGAAGUAGACUUAUUCAUUGUAUAAUAUAUGACUUUUUUAUCUUUCUUCUUGAAAGAGUUGUUCUAAAUGUUUACAAGGUGAAUGUCAUUUUCAUGCAAUAGACACCAUUUUUGAUCGAUCGUUGAAAACGAAGGAACCCUAACUUUGUAUUAUAUCAAAUCAAGGUUAGAUAAGUAUAUGUGAGGGUAUUAGACAUCCGGAUCCGUGGCGCAAUGGUAGCGCGUCUGACUCCAGAUCAGAAGGUUGCGUGUUCGAUUCACGUCGGGUUCAAAAUCCCGAACAUUAAUCCGGAAAUUUUUGUUUCCAUCCCAAGAUUUACCCUCCGGUUUUGCUACCUUUCACCCGGUUCUACUAGGAGUACAAUAUAGUUUGAACUCAAUUUAUUAUAACCGAAAAUAUGUGUUAACACUAACACGUACGAGUUACGACGACACAUGAAGAGCGAAAACAUUGGUCUGCUGUCUGCAUGCUGUCUGCAUGCUAUAAAGAUUUAGAAGAAAAAGAACAAAGAAUCAAGAAAGAGGAAAUAAAACCAUAGUAGCAUACGUAAGAAAACGAUUAAGUUUUGAAGAAAGCAUAAUCAAUGGUGGAUUGUAAACAGAGAACCAAAGAGAGAGAAAAAACCUCUUUUAGCUUUUCAUUGUUUGUGUUUUGGUUGCACAUUCAUUUAACUUGGGAGAAAAAGCAUUCUGAAACUAUUCAUAUUAUUUAACUCUUUCACAUUGUAAAACGUUAACAUAUUUACAUUGGAUGAUUAUAUCUCUAACUAACGUUAGUUUUUUCUUCUUUUGGAACAUCAUCAUUGAAACCUUGACGUCACACUAAUGAAGGUAUCUUCAGGACAGGGGAUUGUCAAGCCACCCAUUGGAUGAUCGAAUCCAAACUCUUCUUCGGAUUUGCUGAGAAGAGCUUGAAAAGAAGGCUGGUUUAAAUAUGAGAUUGGCACCACAUAUCUCUUCUUCUGGAUCUGGUCUUCACCAACGUACACUGCAAGAAACCCCUUUGGCGCUGAAACGGUCUGUUUGCUUGUAACCGCUACAGAAACGCCAAUGAUCUUCUUUGCACCCAAGAGACCUCUGAACAAAGCCAUUUCUCGUGUCUGGAAAACUAAAAUUUGAAGCUUCUGAAAAAAUGUUAUAGAUGCUCAGAUUCAGGUUUGGAUUUGCUUUAUUUACUACUUGGUGAUUUGAAUACUUGGUUCUGUCUCCGGAUGUAUAAAUAGAUUGAUGAUGAACAUAAUCAACCAAAGUUUCACAUGGUUCAGUCUUCUAGAUAUGAUAGAUGACAAGAAACUAAACCUAACGAGAUGUUCAUUUUUUACGUAUAACUGUCCUGUGAUCCUAGUUGCGGAUAUCAUCAAAGAACAAGUUAACGUGUGACAGAGACUUGUUGUUCUGUUGUUGAGAAACUUAAAAUCCCCACUUUGAGUUAUUAUUAAAUAAAUCCGUUUAGACCACAGAGAUGAGGGAAUAUGAUCACCGCAGAACAUGAAGAACAGAAACUUGCUGGUCUUUAUUAUUGACAAUAACAUAUGUCUUAUCUAAACAAACAUUGAGAAAACAAGCCCUUGUGAAUUGCAUUUGUUUUUAGUUUAUUAUCCCACACUUAGUUAAUAAUCUCAUCAAGACAAAUUGCAUUAAACUACAACUUUCUCAGUUGGUGAAGACAGAACCAUGUGAAACCCUGCUCUAGUCUGUCCCACACUUCAAGUCCACAAGCUUCAAAGAUUUUUCAGAGAGUUUCAAUUCAUUGGUUGAUCUUUCUAUAUAUACACACUACCCGUUAUUUCUAUCAUCAACCAACAAACAAGCAAUACAUCCAAUAACCUGAACCUUUUCAUAACAUCUUCAGAGCAUGUUUAUUGCAGUAGCUUAAGUAGGUUGCUUAGGAUAUUUUGUAAUUAAAAGAAAAGAAAAAAGAAAAAAAAAGAGAAGGGAUGUUGCUUAAUUAAGCACUAGAAGGGUCGUUGCUUCGGUUGCUUUUCUUCUUUUGUCUCUAUUUCUCUCUCUUUCUGUCUCUGUUCUCUCUGGUCCACUUAAUUUUUUCUUCAUUAUGACCACUUAAGAGACCCUUAAAGGGUUUUAGCAAUAAACAUGCUCUGAUCAGAAGCUUCAAAAGGAUUCAAACUUUCAAAAAAAAAAAAAAACUAGAAAUGGCUUUGGUGAGAAGUCUAUUGGGUGCAAAGAAGAUUCUUGGAGCUGCAACAAGCAAAAGAGCAACCUCGGCUUCACCAAAAGGGUUUCUUGCGGUGUACAUAGGAGAAAGUCAGAAGAAGAGAUAUGUAGUGCCAAUCUCUUACUUGAGCCAGCCUUCAUUUCAAGCUCUUCUCAGUAAAGCCGAGGAAGAGUUUGGGUUCGAUCAUCCAAUGGGUGGCUUAACGAUCCCAUGUCCUGAAGAUACUUUCAUCACUGUGACUUCUCGGCUUCAGUGAUGAUUAUCCAUCAUUUUGUUCUUAGAAUUAGAGUUAGACUUGUUCCUUGUAAAUAGAGGAGAUUUUUUUUUACUCUUUCUUCUUGAAAGAGUUGUUCUAAAAGUUUUUGGAAGUAAAUACCAUUAUUCUGUUACACAAUAA